GAGGCUGGGCUGGGAUGUGAGAGCGGCAGCUCCUCGGCGCGUGUAUUCUCUUUCCGUUUUCCCGGGCUUUUCCCUCCAGUUUCCUCGUCUCGCUGUAGAAGCGUUCGUACCUGUGCGCCUCUGCCGUCCUCCGCCGGCUCCGCAGAAGCCACCCCGGAGUGAUCGAGCGCGCCCGAGCGGCCGGGCAGAGCCCCGCUGCCUCCUCGCAGCACCAUGGAUCACCAGCCGAAGUUUUUCGAGAACCUCUCGGGCAGCGGCAAGGCCAUCGGCGUGCUCACCAGCGGCGGCGAUGCCCAAGGUAUGAAUGCUGCUGUUCGUGCAGUAGUACGCAUGGGAAUCUAUGUUAAAGCCAAAGUGUAUUUUGUUUAUGAGGGUUACCAAGGAAUGGUUGAUGGAGGUGAUAAUAUUGUUGAAGUUUCAUGGGAAAGUGUUUCAAGUAUUCUGCAAGUGGGAGGCACAGUUAUUGGCAGUGCACGCUGCAAAGCCUUUCGUACCCGGGAAGGCCGCCUGCAAGCAGCCUACAACUUGGUUCAGAGAGGAAUCACUAACCUUUGUGUAAUUGGUGGAGAUGGUAGCUUGACUGGUGCCAAUCUGUUCCGUGAAGAGUGGAGUGGACUUCUAGAAGAACUGGCACAGAAAGGAAAGAUUGACGAAGAAGCUGUUAAAAAAUAUGCUUACCUCAACAUUGUGGGAAUGGUUGGAUCCAUAGACAAUGACUUCUGUGGCACUGAUAUGACAAUAGGUACUGACUCAGCCUUGCACAGAAUCAUUGAAGUUGUGGAUGCCAUCAUGACAACUGCUCAGAGUCAUCAAAGAACAUUUGUCCUGGAGGUUAUGGGAAGACACUGUGGGUAUCUAGCUCUUGUUAGUGCCUUAGCCUGUGGUGCAGAUUGGGUAUUUAUUCCUGAAUACCCACCAGAAGAAGGAUGGGAGGAUUCAAUGUGUGUUAAGCUUUCAGAGAACCGUGCACGAAAGAAAAGGCUCAAUAUUAUUAUUGUAGCUGAAGGAGCUAUUGAUUGUCAUAACAAAGCUAUAACAUCAGAGAAGGUUAAGGAUCUGGUGGUUCAGCGGCUUGGUUUUGACACUCGAGUGACUAUCUUGGGUCAUGUUCAAAGAGGUGGAACCCCAUCAGCUUUUGACAGAAUUUUGGCAAGCCGUAUGGGUGUGGAAGCUGUUCUUGCCCUCCUCGAAGCUACUCCAGAUACUCCUGCCUGUGUUGUGUCCCUGUCUGGAAACCAGUCAGUCCGCCUGCCUUUAAUGGAGUGUGUGCAGAUGACUCAAGAAGUACAGAAAGCCAUGGAUGAGGGAAGAUUUGUUGAGGCUGUGAGGCUUCGUGGAAGGAGCUUUGAAAACAACCUGAACACUUACAAACUACUGUCACACAAAAGACCAGAUGCUGAGCUUCCAAAGACUAACUUUAAUGUGGCAGUGUUAAACGUUGGUGCUCCUGCAGCUGGAAUGAAUGCUGCAGUGAGGGCUGCGGUGAGAGUUGGCAUAACUGAAGGCCAUAAAAUGUUUGCCGUCAUUGAUGGAUUUGAAGGUUUUGCUAGAGGGAAGGUUAGUAUGACCUUUAUAGUUAGUUCUGUAAUAGUUGCUGCARCUUCUAUAGAUUUUUACCUUUCUUCUGAUCUAAUUGCUUUCAGUACUCUUCCUGCAAAAUAUUUGGAGAAGAUCGCUGACCAGAUGCGCACUAACAACAUUAAUGCCCUUAUGGUUAUUGGUGGAUUUGAGGCAUACCUUGGACUUUUGGAAUUGUCAGCGGCCCGAGAGAAAUAUGACGAAUUCUGUGUCCCAAUGGUUAUGGUUCCUGCAACUGUUUCCAACAAUGUACCGGGUUCAGAUUUCAGCAUUGGUGCAGAUACUGCUCUGAACACUAUAACUGAUACAUGUGAUCGCAUCAAGCAGUCAGCCAGUGGCACCAAGCGUCGUGUUUUCAUCAUUGAGACCAUGGGUGGCUACUGUGGUUACCUGGCCAAUAUGGGCGCCCUUGCAGCAGGUGCUGAUGCUGCUUAUAUCUUUGAAGAGCAGUUUGAUAUUCGAGAGCUCCAGGCUAAUGUGGAACACUUGACUGAAAAAAUGAAGACCAGUAUUCAGCGUGGUCUAGUGCUGAGAAAUGAGAACUCCAAUGAGAAUUAUACAACUGACUUCAUUUAUCAACUGUAUUCUGAAGAAGGAAAAGGAGUUUUUGACUGUCGGAAAAAUGUAUUGGGCCACAUGCAGCAGGGUGGUGCACCAUCACCGUUCGAUAGAAACUUUGGGACAAAAAUUUCUGCUAAAGCUAUGCAGUGGAUCUCCAAAAAGCUGAAAGAAACAUACCGAAAAGGAAAAGUAUUUGCCAAUACUGAUGACUCAGUGUGUUUGCUGGGAAUGCGCAGGCGCAACCUUGUCUUCCAACCAGUGGCAGAGCUCAAGAAUGAAACUGACUUUGUACACAGGAUCCCCAAGGAGCAGUGGUGGCUGAAGCUGCGACCACUGAUGAAAAUUCUGGCCAAGUACAAGACCAGCUAUGAUGUUUCAGACUCGGGCCAGCUGGAGCAUGUGGCUAUGCACAGCCCCAAGGAAGCAGAAACUGGAGCCAUCUAAAGAGAUCAGUUUAGAUAUAAAGUUGUAAUAGGUGCACAUUGUGAGUAACAAUGCUUUAGAAUUGUUACAGCUUUGUUUUGUAACAUUUAAAUUAUUGUUCCAGCACUUUAAGUGAAACAAGAUGUUCAGAUGUCACAGAUUUUUGUCCUGUAUUUGUGUUAGGUUUAAAUUGAACCCUACAUCUAAUGAAUAAGCACCGUUUACCAAUAUUACCCUUUAACAGUAAGUGCAGCACAGUUCUAUGCACUCUGUAAGUCACUCAUCUACUGCACUUUGUUUCAGAGUACUUACACACAAAAUAAAUGUAGAGGGAUAGCUUUGUGUUGAGUUACAGGCUGUGUUUAUGUUUCUGA